AUGUCCACACUCACACGCGAGUGCGUCCUCACGGGGCCGGGGCGCCGCGAGACGGCCGCUCCUCCCCGCCCCGCCCUCACGCACCUCCCCGCGAGCGGUCUGCGCAGGCCGGGCGCCGCCGGGGCCCCCCGGCGGAUCCCCAGGCCCCUGGACGCCGUGGAGUUCACGGCGGACACCGCGGUGGGCGUGGGCGUCGCGGUGCUGGGCCUGGUGGCCGGCCUGGGCAUCCCGAUCUUUCUGGUCAAGCGGGAGCAGAGGGACGAGCAGAGGAUCGAGGCGAUCAGGGAGCUGAACAGGGACGCGAUCGCGACCACCGGGGAGCCGCUGAGCAAG